AUUUAUUUAGUUGUUUUGAUUAUGAAGAAUAAAUCAAAGAAACGAGUUGAUUUGGAACGGAAAAGUGAUACUCCAACAGUGGCCAUCGCUCCAUCUGAUUAUCAACAUCUUUACGCCGGUGGUAGCACUACAAAGGAUCGUAAACAAUUGGUUGUCGAAGAGCCGAAACAGAGUGGAAGACAAGCCAAUCUUUUUCGAAAGAGUGACACUCCAACAGUGGCUAUUGCUCCUUCUGAUUAUCAACACCUUUACGCCGCCGAUGAUAUUUCUAAGAAUGGUAAACAAAUGGUCGGAGGGAAGUCGAGACAAGUUGGUAAACAAGCAAAUCUCAUGCAUAAGAGUGACACUCCAACAGUGGCUAUCGCUCCUUCUGAUUAUCAACAUCUUUACGCCGCCGGUAGCACUACAAAGGAUCGUAAACAAGUUGCUGUUGAGGAGCCGAAAAAAGUGGUUGGAGGGAAGUCGAGACAAGUUGGUAGACAAGCAAAUCUUAUUCGUAAGAGUGAAACUCCAACAGUGGCUAUCGCUCCCUCUGAUUAUCAGCACCUUUACGCCGCCGAUACUAUUUCUAAAGAUCGGAAACAAGUGGUUGUCGAGGAGCCGAAAAAAGUGGUUGGAGGGAAGUCGAGACAAGUUGGUAGACAAGCAAAUCUUAUUCAUAAGAGUGACACUCCAACAGUGGCCAUCGCUCCUUCUGACUAUCAGCACCUUUACGCCGCUGAUACUAUUUCUAAAGAUCGGAAACAAGUGGCUAUUGAGGAGCCGAAAAGAGCGAGCAGAAGUCAACAAGCUGAUUUAAGAAAGAAAAGUGAUACACCGACUGUCGCUAUCGCCCCGUCUGAUUAUCAACACCUUUAUGCCGCCGAUGAUAUUUCUAAGAAUGGUAAACAAGUGGUUGUCGAGGAGCCAAAUCAAAGUGGAAAACAAGCCAAUCUUAUUCGUAAGAGUGAAACUCCAACAGUGGCUAUCGCUCCCUCUGAUUAUCAGCACCUUUACGCCGCCGAUACUAUUUCUAAAGAUCGGAAACAAGUGGUUGUCGAGGAGCCGAAAAAAGUGGUUGGAGGGAAGUCGAGACAAGUUGGUAGACAAGCAAAUCUUAUUUAUAAGAGUGACACUCCAACAGUGGCUAUCGCUCCCUCUGACUAUCAGCACCUUUACGCCGCUGAUACUGUUUCUAAAGAUCGGAAACAAGUGGUUGUUGAGGAGCCGAAAAGAGCGAGCAGAAGUCAACAAGCUGAUUUAAGAAAGAAAAGUGAUACGCCAACUGUCGCUAUCGCUCCCUCAGAUUAUCAACACCUUUACACCGCCGAUGCGAUUUUUAAAGAUCGGAAACAAGUAGCUGUCGAGGAGCCAAAUCAAAGGGGAAGACGAGCCAAUCUCAUGCAUAAGAGUGAAACUCCAACAGUGGCUAUCGCUCCCUCUGAUUAUCAGCACCUUUACGCCGCCGAUAUUAUUUCUAAAGAUCGGAAACAAUCGAGACAAGUUGGUAAACAAGCAAAUCUCAUGCAUAAGAGUGACACUCCAACAGUGGCUAUCGCUCCUUCUGACUAUCAGCACCUUUACGCCGCUGAUACUAUUUCUAAAGAUCGGAAACAAGUGGCUGUUGAGGAGCCGAAAAGAGCGAGCAGAAGUCAACAAGCUGAUUUAAGAAAGAAAAGUGAUACGCCAACUGUCGCUAUCGCUCCCUCAGACUAUCAACACCUUUACACCGCCGAUCCGAAAAAAGUGGUUGGAGGGAAGUCGAGACAAGUUGGUAGACAAGCAAAUCUUAUUUAUAAGAGUGACACUCCAACAGUGGCUAUCGCUCCCUCUGACUAUCAGCACCUUUACGCCGCUGAUACUGUUUCUAAAGAUCGGAAACAAGUGGUUGUUGAGGAGCCGAAAAGAGCGAGCAGAAGUCAACAAGCUGAUUUAAGAAAGAAAAGUGAUACGCCAACUGUCGCUAUCGCUCCCUCAGAUUAUCAACACCUUUACACCGCCGAUGCGAUUUUUAAAGAUCGGAAACAAGUAGCUGUCGAGGAGCCAAAUCAAAGGGGAAGACGAGCCAAUCUCAUGCAUAAGAGUGAAACUCCAACAGUGGCUAUCGCUCCCUCUGAUUAUCAGCACCUUUACGCCGCCGAUAUUAUUUCUAAAGAUCGGAAACAAGUGGUUGUUAACCAACGUUCUAAUCGUCUUCAAUCCGAUGGUAUUUCUAAUGAUAUAAUCGAAUUUGUUUUCAGUUUUAUUCAACGGCAGCCCAAAAAAUAUUACAUCAAGCGAAAAACUAAAAAUUGAUUUUAUUGCUCGAAUCUAAAAUCAAUUCCAUUAAAUUGUUAAUCAUUUCGAUUCAAUAUUUUCGUAACUCCAUCUCUGUGAAGUAAAUGUAACUUUCCACAACCAUACGGUUAAAACUCAUGUGACUUUUCAUUAAACAAGAAAAAAGUUUUAAUUAAA